AUGUCUUCAUCAGACCCUUUCAGACCAUUUCCACUACACCCUUCCAAACUACCUGGCUCCUCUCCCCGGACUCACCUCACCCCCACCAAAUUCCUCACCAAAGAGAAUUCACGCAGCCACCUAGCCUACGCAUGGACUGCACGUAGAAAAUGGAUCCUCCUUACUGUCAUUUCAUCCUGCCAAACCAGCACAGCCUUCAACACAGCCAGCUAUUCCAACGCCGUUCCCUCACUUAACACAUACUUUGGCAUCGAAAAUGCCCAAAAGGGGAUAGCAACCUCCCUGAUCUCGCACGCAGUCGGGUACAGGCUCUGGCGCCCGUUUUCAGAGGACAUGGGUCGUAAGUCAGUCACGCAGGCUUCGCUUGGUCUGACCAAUAUGUCUGUCCUGAUUUGCGCAUCGUCAGGAAGCUUUGGUGGAGUCAUUGGAGGGAGGAUUGUGGCUAGAUGCGACGUAACUAUGAGUAUCAUCGAGGAUAUGUUUGACAAGGAAGAGCAGUUCUGUGCCGUCUUAUGGGCAUCUCUCUUCACAUGUCUUGGUGCUGUCCUUGCUGGCGUUGCUAGAGGCGCAGUUCAACAAUUUCUUGACUGGAGAUGGACCUUUUGGCUUCAGUUCGUUCUUGGUGUAGCUACACAGUUCCUCCACUGGCUGCUUGCGGAAGAGAUGCGGGUGUCGGUUCUGCUGGAUCGUGAGGCGGAAAGGCAAAGAGAGGAGGGCAACAUGAAUAUCUAUGGACCCAAUUACGACAAAGCCUGGAUGGAGAUGUAUCAAUGCCCCCAAUGGGCCAUGGCAAUGCUCCGGCCGUACGAAAUGCUCAUUUCCGAGCCUAUUAUCCUGACCUUCGCUCUACUGAGCGGCUAUAUCGAUACUCUCAUCUUCUCCUUCUUCGAGAGGCACAGCUAUCUUUUCCAGCAGUGGUUGUUCACACCUACAAGCAUUUCCUUCAUUCUUGUCGCAUUAACGGUCUCGUGUGUGGUGGGUUACUGUACCUUUGUCCCUUUUAUCAGUCACCACAACGCGCGACGCACCAAAGGCGAAAAGGUGGUUCUCAAGACUCGCCUCGAUCGUCCUCUAUACUACAUCAUCUGCCUUCCACACGGUCUACUGAUAUGCGCUUUUGUCGUAGCAGGACCGCCGCUCCACUGGUUUGGUGUAGUUGUCACGUCUGUUCUGAUUGGAAUCGCCAACAUCUGGUUGUGUUUGGCUUUGCUGUUUCGUUCUGUGUACCGGUACACAUCCCGUACUUUAGGGGCCCGAAAGUCCAUGUCAAACCCAAAUUCGCAACACAUUCACAAGCCAGAAGGGAUAGUGACAAUGAAAGGAGGACUUUUGGAUGAAGGAAUCCUGUACAUACUCGGACUGUUAGGAUACUAG